UUUACUUUUCGUGUAGUAAAUCGUCAGAAAGUCCAAGUACCUCCCUCGAUGCCGUAUCCAGGUUUCCAGACACCCACCCGGCUGGAACGGGAUGGGAUAGUGACAUGGAACUGGAAGCUGACCCUCCCGACUGGCAAAGUUCAGUACCUGAAGACGAACUAGCCGGCCUGCAUCCAUACGAAAAAAAAAGACAAGAUGUUAUCAACGAAAUUUUUCACACAGAAAGGUCACACGUUCGGAAUCUCAGAGUUUUGGAACAUGUAUUUUGUAAACCGUUGCAUUCCUCAAAAAUCCUCAAACAAGAGGACCUCAAUCUCAUCUUUGCGAAUUUGAGUGAACUGUUAGACCUCCACGUUCAGUUUAAUGCCGCUAUGAAGAAUAAACGGAAAGAGGAGUCGAUUGUUGGGGAAUGUGGAGACCUCCUCCUCAAUAUGUUUGACGGUACGACAGGUGAAAACUUCCAAAGAGCUGCUGCCACUUUUUGCGAAAGGCAACAACUGGCGUUAGAGUUUAUCAAAGAAAGGCGAAAAAAAGAUUCCAGGUUCGACAAUUUCCUCUGCGAGUGCGAAAAAAAUAAUUUGUGCAGGAGGUUACCUUUACAAGGAAUUCUUCCCACAGAAAUGCAAAGGUUGUCGAAGUAUCCUUUGCUAUUGGAAAGGCUGAUAGACAGCGAGGAGAAAUUGAAGGAUACAGAUUCCGGCUACACGCAGGCCGAGCUUAACAAGCUCAGGCAGGCACAUGAUCGGUCCAAAGAAAUACUGAACCACGUGAACGAGGCGGCCAAAGUUGCCUUCAACAGAGCCAGGCUCGAGGAGCUGCAGAAGCAUUUAGACACAUCUAUGUUCGAAAAGACUGAUCAUGCUAUUGUUAAUGAAUUUAAGAAUUUAGAUUUAACGAAAUAUAAGUUAAUUCACGAAGGGCCUAUGCACCUGAGGAGACCGAACAAACAGCCCCUGGCUGUCCACGUCGUUCUCUUAGAAGAAGCUGUGAUACUUCUGCAGAAAGAUGCUGAACGCUACGUCCUCAAGUUCUUUCAGGCAGGGACGCCAAACCAGCAGUAUCUCGCACCCGUCAUGAAGACUUCCUCCCUCAUCGUCAGAACCAACGCUGCAUCGAAAAGUUCCUUGUUUGUUGUCAAUACUUCUACGCACAGUCAGAUGUAUGACCUUGUGGCGAAGGACUCUGUAGAAAGGGACAUGUAAGUCACCAAUUCUUUUUCUUUUU